AUGAGUCGGCCGGUGAAUGGUAUCCAUGACAACAUCAAACACGAUGAAGGGACUUUCAUGUUCACUUCAGAAUCUGUGGGAGAGGGACAUCCUGAUAAGAUCUGUGAUCAGAUCAGCGAUGCUGUGUUGGAUGCCCAUCUGAAGCAGGACCCCGAUGCUAAGGUUGCAUGUGAGACUGUCUGCAAGACCGGGAUGGUGCUAUUAUGUGGAGAGAUCACCUCCCGUGCAGUUGUUGACUACCAGAAGGUGGUGAGGGAUACAAUACAGUACAUUGGAUAUGAUAAUUCCAAUAAAGGCUUUGACUACAAGACCUGCAAUGUGCUGGUUGCCUUGGAGCAGCAGUCGCCAGACAUUGCGCAGGGAGUUCACCUAGACAGACACGAAGAGGACAUUGGCGCUGGAGACCAGGGCCUGAUGUUUGGUUAUGCCACAGUUGAGACGGAGGAAUGUAUGCCACUGACGAUUAUCCUCGCCCACCAGCUCAACGCCAAGAUUGCCGAGCUCAGGCGGGACCGGACGCUCCCUUGGCUCAGACCCGACUCGAAGACCCAGGUGACAGUCCAGUACAAUCAGGAGAACGGGAUGGUGGUCCCUACUCGCGUGCACACCAUUGUCAUCUCUGUGCAGCACGACGAGGAGGUAACGGUGGACGAGAUGCGCACGGUCCUGAAGGAGAAGGUUGUCGAUGCUGUGGUACCAAAAAAGUAUCUGGAUGAUAACACCGUGUAUCACCUCCAGCCCAGCGGGCGAUUUGUGAUUGGAGGACCUCAGGGCGAUGCCGGAGUCACCGGAAGGAAGAUCAUUGUGGACACGUACGGGGGAUGGGGAGCCCAUGGUGGUGGUGCCUUCUCGGGCAAGGACUACACAAAGGUUGAUCGAUCGGCAGCAUACGCGUCUCGCUGGGUGGCCAAAUCCCUGGUGAAGGCUGGUCUGUGCAAACGCGUCUUGGUGCAGGUCUCCUAUGCUAUUGGCGUCGCUGAACCACUCUCCAUCUCCGUUUUCUCGUACGGAACCGCACAAAUGGGUGACAAGGCGUUGAUGGAAAUUGUGAAAAAGAACUUUGACCUUCGACCUGGCGUGAUUGUCAGGGACCUAAACUUGAAGAAACCAAUCUACCAACAAACAGCUUGCUACGGCCAUUUUGGCAGGAACGAAUUCCCUUGGGAAGUGGUCAAGAAGCUGAGCUACUAA